UCCUCUGAUUUCCAUUUUUCUCUUUCUUUGAGACUUGCUAGAACAUUUAAAAAAUGGAAUUUUCAAUCCUGAUUUCCCUCGUUUUCCACGUGCUGUUAUUAUUUUCUACGGCGAAAUCCGAUCCGAGAAUCUCCGAAGCGGCGCAUGUCUGCGACAAGACCCUGCAUUCUCCGACGAGUAAUUUCAUCCCCAAUUUCGUAACCCUAAUGCAGGCGAUCUCCGACCAGAUCAACCGGAACCAGUGGGGAGAGGCAAACGUAACCUCGCCGCCGCCGGAGAUCUACGCCUUCGCGCAGUGCCACGACGAUCUCUCGCCGUCCGAUUGCUCGGCCUGCUUCGCCGCCUCCCGGACGAUGCUCCCGAAAUGCCUCCCCUCCGUCUCGGCGCGGAUCUUCCUCGACGGCUGCUUCCUCCGCUACGACAACUACAGCUUCCACGGCGAGUCCGUCGGCGUCGACGGCGCCGGCGACGACCGCGACGUAUCCAAGUGCGGGCCGCCCAGCGCCGUCGCCGGCGACGAGUUCCUGCGGUCGGAGUUCGCGAAGAAAGUGAAGGAUGUGGUCGGGGUUUUGGCGGAGACGGCGGCGAUAAACGGCGGGUUCGCCGUCGGCGAGGACAGGGGAGGGGUCGCGGACGUGUACGCGAUGGCGCAGUGCUGGAAGACUGUUGAGAAGGAGGACUGCCGGCGGUGCCUCAGGGCUGCCGGAGAUCGGAUCGGAGAGUGUCCGCCGGCGGCGGAGGGUAGGGCGAUGUUCGCCGGGUGUUAUUUGAGGUACUCCACGGAGAGGUUCUUUCAAGUUAGUGCAAAGCACGAGGAAGAACUAGAUUCGGCCACAGUUUCAAUGAUCAUAGCAGGAGUUCUCUCUGCCUUGGCCUUCGUGCUGCUGACUUUGACUGGUGCCUACUUUGGUUUGAAAACAGUUUCAUCAAAUAAGAAAGAAGAUUUCCAAACCGAAAUUCCGACUGCCUUGCAAAACUCUAGAUUGAAUUUCAAGUACGAAAUGCUCGAGAAGGCCACCGAUUUCUUCGACGCUUCGAGGAAGCUAGGCCAAGGUGGUGCUGGCUCUGUGUUCAAAGGGAUUCUCCCAGAUGGGAGAAUUGUUGCUGUUAAAAGACUCUUCUUUAAUACAACCCAAUGGGUAGAUGAGUUCUUCAAUGAAGUGAACCUCAUUAGUGGGAUUGAACACAAGAACCUUGUUAAGCUUUUGGGUUGCAGUAUUGAAGGCCCAGAGAGCCUUCUGGUAUACGAAUUUGUGCCCAACAAAAGCCUUGAUCAAAUCAUUUUUGAUAAGAAGAACCCGGCCAAUGUUUUAAGUUGGCAGCAGAGAUUUAAUAUCAUAAGCGGGACAGCUGAAGGGCUUGCAUAUCUCCAUGGAGGUUGUGGGGUGAAGAUAAUCCAUAGAGACAUAAAAACCAGCAACAUUCUCCUCGGUGAGAAUCUCAACCCGAAAAUAGCAGAUUUCGGCCUUGCUCGAUCUGUUGCAACUGAUAGGACUCAUAUUAGCACAGGGAUUGCAGGAACAUUGGGAUAUAUGGCGCCGGAAUAUCUUGUCCGAGGGCAACUGACAGAUAAGGCUGAUGUUUAUGCCUAUGGAGUGCUGAUUCUUGAGAUAGUGAGUAGUAGAAAGAAUAGUGCUUUCACGUUGGGGUCGAGCUCAGUUUUGCAUUCUGUUUGGAAACUUUACAAGGCAAACAAGGUUGUCGAAUCCGUUGAUCCGGCUCUGAAAGACGAUUUCCCUGCCGAAGAAGCAUCAAAUGUGCUCCAAAUUGGCCUUUUGUGCACACAAGCUUCUGUUGCACUAAGACCAUCUAUGUCUGAAGUAGUUCAAAUGCUAAGUGACAGAGAACAUGAAAUUCCCUUACCAAUGCAACCUCCAUUCUUGAAUGCUAGCAUACUGAAUCCGGAUGACUCGAGGGAAAAUACAGCUCAAGAAUCCGCUGUUUAUACUGCGAAUUCCAAUACUAUUUAUGAAUCAAUGUGUGAAUUAACAGUCACAUCUAAGCCAAGUUAGGACCAAAAAAUUAACUUUUGUACUUCAGUGGGUGAUGAUAUUAGAGUGAGA